AUGUCCCCUGCACCAGCAUCUAUUCUGGGGGACACUCCUCCGGAUGGGGGCUGGGGCUGGGCCGUGGUGUUUGGGGCCUUUAUCUCUAUCGGCUUCUCAUAUGCCUUCCCCAAAGCCCUCACUGUCUUCUUCAAAGACAUACAGCUGAUCUUCGGUGCCUCCUACAGCCAGAUAGCAUGGAUUUCUUCCAUCAUGCUGGCAGCCAUGUAUGCCGGUGGUGAGUAGACAUGCAUGUAGCCAAGCAGCUCUGAGUCAGCAUUGAGUCAAUUAUGACCACAAUGCACAGAUGAUUUAUUAAGGGAUGCAUGGCUUGUAUGGAGCGUUGCAGUUGCUUGUUUUCUUUCAUCCCCAAAAUGUAGGCCUGUAUCUUCCAUGUGAGGACUCAUUGUAGUAGCUGUAACUAAUCAAGAAUAGUGAGUACUACUGUGUUCAAAUGACUAUGAAAGCCUAAAAAGUAAAGUCUUUGUGAAGUUGUCUCCUCUACAAUGAUAUUUAUUAUUCGGGGAUAAUAACAUCUGUUUGUAGUUUAUUUAGUAAGUUUACUAGUUGAAGAAAAUACUGUAGUAGGCUAUUUAAGAUGAAAGACAAGCAAUUGUAAGUAACCUAACUGACUUGAUCAUGUUGAUAGAAUAAGCAGCUUGCUGCCUCUUACUUUACUCUAAUCAGCUUUGACAGCAACCUCUUUCAUCCUGGAAACCUUUAAAUAUAAUAUAUUGAAUUAAACUAACUCGUAAACCAGUGGCUGCAUCUUGCUGCCUAUUGUUAGGCUUCAUAUGGAAGGGGUAGAAAUAGGUUGCACCUGACACGAAUUUGGAUGUUUAAACAAACCCACUCUUUAUCAGUGGGGCUGUGCGGCGGCAGGGGAUUCACCCUGGGGCACGUUCAGUUGGCCAUCAUUGAGUGAAUCAGGUCACAAAUGUCUGGACUGUCAGUUGCAAAUGUUAUUUAUUUUGUUUGCCCUUGCUCUGUUUGCAUGAGCAUUUGUACAGUAUAUUCAUAAUUGUCAGUCUGUGACUCAAGUGUAAGGAUGUUUUAUAAUGCACCUUGAAUGACUCAUUAGAUGACACUGAGAAUAUUAUAAUGGAAUGAUGCAAUUGAAGUUUGAGGUAAAUCCAUCAGGAUCUGCAAGGUUAAAAGACGACAGGGCGCCUGACUCACCUGCAGUCACCAGCAUAGAGAAUCCUGUGAAAUAUUCCCACGCACAGUGGCAGAGGCACAUGUCUUUAUCAUAUUGUCCUUGACUGGGCUUUUGCAAUGUCACACAGUGGAAACAAGACGGGGAAUAUAUCAUCCGUCAGCACAUUUGGGUCUCACAACAAGUCCCUAUGGGACCAAUGACUUAGGGAGCCAGAGUGAUAAAGUUAUAAUGGGUGAGGAAAUUGUGAUGAUGCCACCCCAAAAAUGACACAGGCACUAGGAGGAUGGGAUCUAUACGUACCCCUAGUCUCUAUAUCCACACAGGGUUUGCUAGGCUGGAUGAAUCUGUUCAAGCAAUGGUUAAGGGCACUGCUAGGAUGACAUUUUUUUAUGUAAUAGCUAAUCCAGAGAUAUCUUCUGUAUCUUGUAGAUAGGUAAAUAUGCAAGUGUAUCUUUUUAUCUACAGAUUCAGCUGUAGUAAAAAAAAUAAUGUUAUGCUGCAAUGACUAAACAUUGCAUUUUACAAUGAUAAAAAAAUCAAAAAGACUAGAUAUGGAGAAAGAGUGUACCUCUGGAGGUGAUCAUAAGUGGAUUUGAUUAAAAAACAAAACAGAAAUAAAAUGAGGAUGCUAGUUAUUCUUUGAACCUGUGCAGUGUACAGCUGCUUUUACAUUAAGUAUAACACCAAGGUCAUUGUCAUAAUGUCUAAUGGACCAGUGAAAUGAUUAGUUUUUUCACCUUUAGCUCGUCCUUUUGAUGUGCAUAAAUCCUGAUCCAUGUAGAUAAACAAGAACGAUUUACAAUGUGUUUUUUAAUGCAUGUAAUCAAUUUUGGACAAUGGAUUCAACUGUAUGCCAAACUGUAAUCUUCUUAUUGUUUACUAUGAAUUUUCUAUUAUCACCCGCCUUGCAGUGUCAUUCCAGCACUGACUAGAAAGGCAGCAUGUUGAGUUUUCAAUAUUCGUGUCAGCCUACAUAUUUUUUUGAUUGAUGCACCCUCAUCUUUUUUUGUUAAAUGAAUUGUGGGGAAUGAUUUAGUGACUAUUUAAAUCAUCUGGUUUUAGCAGGGAACAGAAGUGGGUGUUAAGUUGUGUGAUGCUAAAGGACUGUUCUACAUGUUCUCUGUGGCAGGGUUAUGAAUGAAGGAUAAAGAGAGACAGAAUAUCGAAGGCUAUUUAAUGAUUGAUCACUCACACUAGGUUUUUUUGUGGGAACAUUAUCAGGAGAAAUACAAAUGAGGCACUGGCCUACUUUGCUUAUGUAGGUAAGGUAACUAUUUAGAACAUCAGCUAUCUCUUCACGCCCGACAUAAGUUACUAUGUGUGGAUAUUACACCAGCAGUGCAUUAGGGGUAACGUUAAGAUCAAGGGUUAGGUUUCGGCAGGGAUCUAUCGGUCCGAUGUCAACUGCCUAUCUAUUAUCUCAAUGCUGUAUGAACCUAAGACGGACACUUUCUCUCCCCUUUUGAUCUCUCCUCUCUCAUUUUUUUCUUUGCAGGACCUAUCAGCAGUAUUCUGGUCAAUCGCUAUGGAAGCCGGCCUGUGGUCAUAGCUGGUGGAGUGAUAUGUGGCGUUGCUAUGGUAACUGCUUCUUUUGGCAAUACCAUUACGCAUUUGUACAUAUGCGUAGGAGUCAUUGGAGGUAUGGUACCCACUCAUUCCAUACAUUUGAUUGACAUGGCUUGUUUUUUGAUUGAUGUGUAUAUGUGUGGGCCAACAGAAACAAAAAUAAUUUGUUUUUAACUGCAUUGAAGUUGACUAAUGAGAGAUACUAAUAGUUUCUGUAGGCCUAAUCCAUAAACUUAUUAUAUGCUCUAAAUGUGAAAACCUAAGCAAUUUAAUUGUUGGUUCUAUUGAUGAUACUGUAGUGAAUGCAUUAUACAUAAAACACAAUAUUAGAUAUAGGCCUCAGAGUUUUCUUCUGGAAAGACAUCUGGGACGAUGACUGGACUGGUUGGAUGUUGUGUAUGUGAAGUAAAGUGUGAAUCAACCCUCUACCAUCACUCAACCAGCCCUGGUGGUGCUCCUAUGGGGGUGCAUAUCCUCCCUGGGUGGCCCUGGUCUCCCUGGCUGGGCUGGCAUGCAGUCUGUCUGUCUGUCUGGGCCCAGGGUCUCUCAGCCUCUGGGCUUGGACCGGAGCACUGAGGGGACAGCGAAGGUGUAAUUAAGACGGUGUCAUUCCGGUUUCCGGAGAGCACGGUCUACCAGGGCCCCCUGUUCUUUCCCGUAGGCUCCCGUCCUGGUCCCCUCACGGGAGUGUCCGCCAUCCGCCACCCUCCACCCAGCAAGACUCAUUAGCCAGCGCCAGACCUGCAGGCCUGGAAGAUUAAUAGAGGGAGGAGGUGGCUAUAGGGCCUUGUGUUGUGUUCUAAUCUCUCUUCAUCCCAUCUGCCCUGGCCUGCUGAGAUGUGCUAGCUAGGCUAACACACACGUCCCUCUCUCACAUACAUCUUACCAGUCCGUUGAAUGCUGCCACAAACACCCUGUGAGUUUAGGUGGUAGUUGAGAUACAGAAGGCCUUUUAAUUGCAGUUACCUUUUAAGUUGAAGUGAUUUUCUCCGUUUGUACCCUCUCAAAGAGCCAAAUAACAAAUAAAAGGAGUAUUAAUUUCUAAUCAUUGUACUUGAAUGAGCCUCCUAAUUCAAUCAAGUUGAGACAGCCAUAAUUGUUGACCACCUCUUUAGACAAUGGAGAUGAAAGCUAAUCAAAAUCUGCAUGAAGUCUGUGUUAGCAUUAUGUAAUUUCAAUCCGGGAAGAAUGCAUACUGAGAACAAUUUUUUAUCUGUGAACUUCGUAAAAUAAGGCUUUGGAAGAUGUGUAGCUCAGUGGGCAUUGUUUAGUGUGGGAUUGUGAGCAGCAGACAUUUAGCAAAUGUUAGAAUGAUGGAAUGGGUCAGUCGGGGUCUCUACCUGGAGCUCUUAAUCUUAAAGUGAAGACUCAUUUAGAGAAUAAGAUGCUCAUUUACAGGCUGAAAUACUUCUAAAUUGGAUUUUUGGGAAAGGAGGUAGUAGUGAAUGGAUUAGCCGGAGCCUGUAAUUUAUUGCCAUUUAAAUGGAGAAAUCAUUUCUGAAAUUAUUCCAGCUUCCCUUAAUGAGAUUUUAGUAGGCAAUGUUCAAUGAGAUGGAACCUUAAUGUGCACAAAGUAGAAUUGGUCUUAAUUUAAUCCUGCGGUACCAGGCGUUUAAAUCAAGGUUUUAGCCUCUGAAAAUGGAACUUGUGAACGUGACUACUCUCCUCUCUUGUAUUUCCCGCAGGGUUUGGACUCUCUUUUAACCUUCAGCCAUCCGUCACCAUCAUUGGGAAGUACUUCCAGGUCAAGAGGCCGUUAGCCAAUGGGCUGGCCAUGGCAGGAAGUCCAGUCUUCCUCUGUACCUUAGCACCUAUCAACCAGUUCCUGUUUAACCAAUUUGGCUGGAGGGGCAGUUUCUUAAUCCUGGGAGCUCUACUGCUCAACUGCUGUGUUGCCGGCUCUCUCAUGAGGCCCAUUGGUCCAAAGCCAACUGGAGACCAACUUGCGCAGACAAACGGAACCCCAAAGAAACCUACCACCGACCGGUCUGAGGCCCAGGUGAAUGGACACAACACACAGCUGGAGAAAGGCUGUAUGGACAACUUCAACAAGUUUCUGGACCUCUCUCUCUUCAAGCACAGGGGCUUUCUGAUCUACAUCAUAGGGAACGCGGUGAUGUUCUUUGGUUUCUUUGCCCCUGUAGUGUUCCUGACCCCUUACGCCCUGAGCCAUGGCUUCGACGAGUACUCCUCCGCCUUCCUCUUGUCCAUCAUGGGCUUCGUAGACAUGUUUGCCAGGCCGUUGACAGGGCUGAUGGCUAACACUAAGUGGAUCAGGCCCAGGAUACAGUACUUCUUCAGCUUUGCCAUCAUCUAUAACGGUAUAUGCCACCUGCUGUGUCCCUUGGCCAGUGGGUACGGGGGGCUGGCGGCCUACUCAGUGUUCUUUGGCAUAGCGUUUGGCAUGGUGUGUGCUCUGCUGUUUGAGACACUCAUGGACCUGGUGGGGCCUCAGCGGUUCUCCAGUGCAGUGGGACUGGCCACCAUCAUAGAGUGCUGCCCCGUGCUCCUGGGACCACCUAUUGGAGGUAAGCCUUCACACUGCACACAGCCCACAAUCCCCCUCUCUCUCAAGUCAGUACACAUCCAUACAGCUCAUAGACAACUAAUGCUACGACAUCUUUAGCCAACAGACAAACAUACUCCCUAUUGACAAAGGACAAGCACUAAUUUCCCUUUAGUCAACAAACACUCUCCCUCCAGUUCCCCCAAGACCACCUCUCCAUUGUCAUUCAAUACAUGUCUGACAGUAUCCGAGUGUUACACAUGCACUUGAGAGAACCUUUAUUGUCAGAGUAUAGGAAAAGUCCUACUUUAGAAUAAGUUUGGUAAAUAAAACAGAACAUGGAUUUGGAGCAGAGAAAACCCGCCAGUCAGUUGUGUCAUUCUCACUCUGCUACUCGGUCACGGCCGUGCGCUGCAUGGUGGUGGAGUGGAGCCCAACUACUUUCCAGGGUGUCAUUAUUGUAAGACAUUCCAGUAGAAUUGGAUUAUCAUCGGUGAGCAGGGUGGCCUGGAGCGCAUGGCCUGCCCAGAGAAAAAGCAGUAAUUGGUCACGGUUAUUUACUGCUGUAAAUAAGCCGGGCCGCUUCGGCUUUCAGGGCACGCCCGCUAGAGGAUUCGUCCUCCACACAAAUGAUGGAAAUUUUUUGGGAGCUAAGAAGCCGUAAGGGUAAUGAAGGUCUCUCUGCGACUCUUUCUCUCCGUCUAUUUUCUCCUUCUCUCUUUACCGGGUCCCCUCGGUCUAAAGUAGACCUACUGCCACUGGUUGCAAACACAAGCUUAGAGAGUUUCAGUUAUUGGAGUAAUGGAAACCUUUGACCAUUGCGAUGUUGCAAACUUCAUUUGAUUAGCUGAUAAUACAUUUAUGGAGAAUUAUGGAUAUAAGUCAAAUCAUUGACCUUUAACCCCAAAUUCUAAUUAGCGAGCACAAUCUAGUACACUUUACUAUUAAAACGAUGCCAUAAAUCUCUCUCAGAAUCUAAGGUUUAGGAGGAGAAAGGCCUUUCCCCAUAAUAGCUUACUACUGAUGAAAUGAACACCAGGAAUCAUUGUGCAAGGUUAUUCCAAGACGGGUCCUCUUUUUUUAUACCGCAAGCAGAGUGUUUUACAGGACCUUUUUCCUUUCAUGCUUUUUUGAGUGUGUAAUCAAAAAGGUAUUGUUUCCCGCCCAUAUUUCCCUGAGAUUGCUAGGGAUAGCACACCCUUUGAAAACUCUGUCUCCUACAGCCCACUUUCAUUUUGGUCUUAUUUAGCACAGAGGAGAACUAACAAUGCUAACAUUCUCUGCUCAGCCCAAGCUGUUAAAUAACACAUUUACAUGGAAGUGAACUUGCUUAGUCUUUGAAUCACCUGUGGUUUUUCUCUGACUGAAUACAAAUGUUCUCAGAGUGCAGCUAGUCCCUCUUAUUUCACAGUCUCUGAAAUGGCAGACUGACACAAACGGUGGAGUGAAAAAGGAGGGAGAACGGGCUCUGUCAGAACACAUACAAACUUCAGCAUACCAACUGGUUGUCUGUGUAGUCUGCCUGGUAGAAGUAGGCUCACGUUUGUUGGCAUUCUUUUUUUAAAUCUCCUCUGCAGAGUUUUAAUGAGGUGUUAAUGUAUAGUCCUCCUGGUUGUUUUGUCCGACCCCGUUCUGAGGUGCUCAUUUAAUGGGGGUAAAUAAGCGCCUCCCUGCACAUUGAGCGUUCUUCUCCAGACAGCAGAGUCUCUACAUUUCCCCUUACAAGUCUCCUCGUUAUAGCCAGCCUCGUCGUGCCGCACCGUGCCUCCGCCCAAACCUGGGGGUCAGCCUAAUUAAGAGAAAGUGAGGUAAUUGAUGUAAUUAGCCUUUUGCUUUCGGUGUUUAAUGAAUCUCAGUUCAGACUUCACUCAUUAGAGGCCCGUACCUGGGCCAUAAUGAAGCCAUGAAUACAUUUAAAAAAGAGGUGACUCUGCCAGAUGGACUUAAUUACUGUUCAGCCAAUCAAGGGCUGCCUUAAUGAGGGUGAUGGUCAUCUGCACACACCCACAGGACAGAACGCCAUUAAUCAGACCAUGUCCCUGUUGCUGCUUUGUACUGGACCACGGGCAAAGUGACCUCCACACGCACACGCACAAACACAGAGAGAGAGAGAGACAAACUCAUGCCCCCAUCAUCAGCUUCAUUUAAAAUUGACUCAUUAAGACCUAUCUUUUAAUUGGUUUACAUAACCUGAAAACUGCUCUUCUAUUUAACAACCUAACUCUGUGUUCAUGUAUAGUGGGUUGUUUAGUAUUGUGUUGAUUGUGUCUCCCAGACGACUCAAUAAUGCCAGACUCAGUAAUUGACCAUUAGUAACUGAUGUUUGCGGGAAAUGAGUCCAUUACAGAUAAACACCUCAAUAAAAGUUUGAAAUGUAGAGAGCAAUCAAAGGCCAUGUCUCGUUGCACAAAAAAGGGAAAGUUACAUCAGAUACAUAAAAGGGAUGUGGUUAAAUCAUGUUGUGUUGCUCUGCUGUGAGCGUUCGAGAGCUUGGGACUGUAAGUUUCUUUCUGCGUUUUUGUCAAAAUUGAGUUAUUGACAUAGCUUUGUUCUGUUUAAUGUUCUCUACCUAUAUAGUACUCUAAAUACCCCAAUUGAUGUUGUUAAGUUCGAAAGAAUACAAGAUAAAUAUUGCUGAAACCAAUGAGGGUUCAGAACUUUAAAGGCAAUUAUCUCAGAAUCAUCUUUUUGCAGAUAGAACCUUAUAGUUCCAAGCUCUCGAGUUAUACUUUCUAAAGUUAUUCAUUGUGAAUGAAUUAGUCAAUGACCAUAAACUGGGCAUACAAUAGCUUGGGAAAUUACACUGUUGUCACAUUUGAUCUUCCCUUUCAUUAAUCAAUUUAGUGGUUCCUACAAACAUCUGACAUGCAUGAUCGUGCAGAUUGUUAUACAGUAUGCACAGACGGACAGACAGACAGAUGAUUAGAUGCACACUGUGGAGGCUGAGUGAGAUGGGGAGGACUGCAGAUCGAUCCGGGGGGAGGGUGGGAAGGGGGAGGUUCAAGAAGCUUAUGGCUCCAAUCUGAUAUAAACUACAUUUGUCACUUUUCCUCUGAAGCGGGCUAGAUUUUGAUCAUUUUCAGAAUUGACAUGGCCACACUCCUGAUUCGUUCUGGUGCAGCAGCCCAAAUUGCCUUCCCAGAGAGCCGUGGCAAGCAAGGUCAGGUGUAAUGGCUCCAUGUCAUUUCCUACAUGUCUCCAGUAGGAUCUUUUACUCUACAGAACAGAGUUUGAAAAGCACAUCUAAACCAUACCCAUGUUACACCUCCUGAUUCACCUUGUGGAGAGCGAUGGGGAAAGGCUUCCCUUAACCCAUAACAACCUGUUGAUAGGAAGAUACUAUAAGCAGGGGGGAUUUUGUGGGCAUCUUGAUAGGGGGGAAAAGUUAGCUACUUUAUGUAACCUUCAGUAACAUCUCCCCUCUGCUCCCCUUCAGGAGCCUUGGUGGACGCCUUUGGUGACUACAAGUACCUGUACCUCAUGUGUGGAGCGGUGAUGGUGUUCGCAGGACUCUUCCUCUUUGUUAUGAAUAUCUACAACUACAGGAUGCUGGAGCGGGAGAGGCGGCAGGAGGAGGGAGAGGUGGAGGAGGGCUGUGAGAGCCAGGACCAGGAGCAGGGGCUGGGGCUGAGGGAGAGGGGAGAGCCCUCCUCAGAGGAGCUAGGAGAGGCAGGGAAGAAGGCUAAGAAGCAACAAGACGCCCAGGGAGACGAACCAGAAACGGAGGAGACUAAACUAAGCCAUGCAUGA